GUCGUCUGUACUGUCUUCUGUUAGCUGAGGUACAGACCGUAAAUACCAAGGGCCACAAACAAUAAGAUGUUCUAAGGAAAAUCAGAGAGAGGUAUUUUACAGAGCUUGCCUUGUCUGAUGACGUCCAUAUGAGGAAUCUUCCAGAUGAUAUCAUUCAGACACAGGACGAGAUCAUCACAUUUAAAUCAGACGACAUCCGACAUGACGUCAUGUACGUGUUCGUUACGGAGUGUCUGGUGGAGGACAGUGAUCUGAAGUUUUUCCUGACCACGGCGUCACGUGACGUGAUAUCAGAAUACUGCAGGUCGUGGGAUUAUAAGAGGGGUGAGGGAGAGAGAUGUCUGUAUAUACCGAGGAAACCGGUUGAGAUGUACGAGCUGUUCAUAGACAGACUACAGCUGGACAUCCUCACACACUGUACCGUGUCAGACAGGGAGAUUCAUUACAGUUUCAGUACACAUUUGGGAGUCCCUGAUGAAAUACUAAAAUGGGACCAAGAGGCCAGAGAGCGGUACGUGGAAUACGCCAAAAGAGGAACACAGACCGUCCACCACGCUAGGGGGAUGAUCGUAGGAUGUGCCGGGGCCGGCAAGACCACGCUACUAAAACGUCUGCUCAGGUGUAGUGACGCAGAGAUACGGGAUGUGACGUCAACGGAAGGAUUGGAGGUCCACGAGGAGAUAUUCCAAAUAUGUGAAGAAACGAAAACAUUGAAAGGUAAACAUAUCGACUGAGGAAAUGGUAUUCAUUGACGAAAAGCAACGUGAUAUAAAGGUCGCACAAAUUGAUGGAUCAAUCACAGAUUAUGACGUCAUGUGUUCAGGAUGGCUUUUUAAGGAAUAUAGCCCUUUUAAAGCUUUUGAACACAGCUGUGCAGAAUAUUAUCAUAACUGUGUAGAUAAUGAUUCAAUACUUUUUGCAUUCGCCCAAUAUAAUAUUAUAUUUACUACUUAAACCUUUUAGUUAGAUGUUUGAAUGUCAAUUCAAAUUUUGAAAGGGGUUAGAAAGUAUGAUAUUUUUUGUGGAAGGAUUCUGAAAUCUAAAAGAUAUUUCGCACGACUUUUGCAAUUUUUGUAUCCAACAUAUCGUAAAUGAUUAUACACGUACGCGUGUACAAAUGAUACACGUAGUAUAAAAUGUUGCGCGUUCAUUAAUUUGGUUUAUAUACUUUGUUUAUAUAUUCCAACUGAUUCGAUACACCGGAGAUUGUUCUACAUAUGAUCAGUUUUUAAAUCAAGGCAGGCUACUCAGAAACCUGUUG